AUGGCGAGUUCCGCCUCCGAUCCGAGGGAUGCGGCCAUCUCAGAGUACCGGAACAAGCUGUUGCAGCACCGGGAGCUGGAUGCACGGGUGAGGACCCUGCGGGAGCAGGUCCGCAAGUCCCGGCAGGAGUAUGACAAGACGGAGGACGAUCUGAAGGCCCUGCAGAGUGUGGGCCAGAUCAUCGGAGAGGUGCUGAGGCAGCUGGACCCGGAGAGAUUCAUUGUCAAGGCCAGCAGCGGCCCACGGUAUGUGGUCGGCUGCAGGACCAAGGUAGACCGCGCCAAGCUGUUGCCCAACACGCGUGUCGCCCUGGAUGUUACCACCCUGACCAUCAUGCGCAUCCUGCCGCGAGAGGUAGACCCUAUGGUGCACAACAUGACCACAGAGGACCCUGGUCAGGUGGACUACUCCUCCAUCGGCGGCCUGUCUGAGCAGAUCAGGGAGCUGCGGGAAGCCAUAGAGCUCCCCCUGAUCAAUCCCGAGAUAUUUAUGAGAGUGGGGAUCAAGCCCCCCACUGGAGUCUUGCUGUAUGGUCCCCCAGGCACGGGCAAGACGCUGCUGGCCAAGGCCAUUGCUUCCAACAUAGACGCCAACUUCCUGAAGGUGGUGGCAUCUGGGGUGGUGGACAAGUACAUUGGCGAGUCUGCCCGUGUCAUCCGCGAGAUGUUUGGGUACGCCAAGGAGCACCAGCCCUGCAUCAUCUUCAUGGACGAGAUCGACGCCAUCGGUGGCAAGCGCUUCAGCGAGGGCACCAGUGCGGACCGUGAGGUGCAGCGCACACUCAUGGAGCUGCUGUCCCAGCUGGACGGCUUCGAGUCGCUGGGCAAGGUCAAGUUGGUGGCAGCCACCAACCGCCCCGACGUCCUGGACCCUGCGCUGAUGCGGCCGGGGCGGUUGGACCGCAAGAUUGAGAUCCCGCUGCCCAACGAGCAGGCGCGCACCGAGAUCCUGAAGAUCCACGCCUCCAAGAUCACCAAGCACGGCGAGAUCGACUACGAGUCCGUUGUCAAGCUGGGCGACGCCUUCAACGGCGCGGACCUGCGCAACGUCUGCACCGAGGCCGGCAUGUUUGCCAUCAGGGACGAGAGGGAUUACGUGGUCCAGGAGGACUUCAUGAAGGCGGUGCGGAAGCUGGCCGAGGCAAAGAAGCUGGAGUCGCCCUCCCCCUUCUCCUCUGACUUUGGUGACAAGAAGUAG